GUUAAAGAAAAGCAUCCUAAUAAAUCAUGUAGUAGUAGUGUCUGAUCUUUCCAGAAGCUGAAAUCAAACCCUUCUCUUCGUAGGGUUCAUUUUGUAUGAAAUCGGGGAAAAAAAAAAAUAAAAAAAAAAAAAAAAAAAUCUCAUGAACACACAUUAGAAACCCUAACUGCCAUGAAAUCGAUUCCUUCUCUUGCAUUUCUUGGAAGCAGUUCUCAUUCCCAAUUCAUUGCUUCAGAAAAUGUUUAUGUUGCAGAGCCGGAGAGGGUUUAGCCUACAAUUUUGAUGGCAUUUGUUCGUUCGGUGUCGAGUUUUACUGGCUGUUGUUUAUGUGGAAACAAUCUCCAAGAAAUCAAAAGCAACUACAAGGUUUCUCUUCCUCUCAUCAGAAGCAGCAACACUCUGAUUGGAUCGGAAACACUCCGGAGAAGAUGUUUCCUGGCUGUGGGUCGGUGGAGAUUGAACGCCACUGACGUGCGUGUCAUUGAGAACAACAAUGCCCAGACGCGGACUGGACUCGUUGAAAUUCCCGUCACUUGCUACCAGAUUGUUGGUGUUCCCAAUCAAGCAGAGAAAGAUGAGAUUGUCAAGUCAGUGAUGGAUCUGAAAAAUGCUGAGAUUGAGGAAGGGUACACUAUGGAUGUUGUUGUAUCUCGCCAGAAUCUUCUAAUGGAUGUGAGGGAUAAGCUUCUUUUUGAACCAGAAUAUGCUGGUAAUGUAAGGGAAAAGGUGCCACCUAAGUCUUCUCUACGAAUUCCUUGGGCUUGGUUACCUGGUGCUCUUUGCCUUCUUCAAGAGGUUGGAGAAGAGAAGCUUGUGCUAGAUAUUGGCAAAGCAGCCCUUCAGCAUCCAGAUGCUAAGCCACAUAUUCAUGAUUUGCUUCUGUCCAUGGCAUUAGCGGAGUGUGCCAUUGCUAAAGCUGGUUUUGAGAAGAACAAUAUUUGCCGAGGAUUUGAAGCUCUUGCUCGUGCUCAGUGUCUUCUUAGGGGCAAAAUAUCUCUUGGAAAUAUGACAUUGUUAUCUCAGAUAGAAGAAUCUUUGGAAGAGCUUGCACCUGCUUGUACAUUGGAAAUUUUAGCCAUGCCUCACACGCCUGAAAAUGCUGAACGGAGACUAGGAGCCAUUGCAGCCUUGCGUGAAUUGCUCAGACAAGGCCUUGAUGUAGUAACUUCAUGUCAAGUUCAAGAUUGGCCGUGCUUUUUGAGUCAAGCACUUAAUAAACUCAUGGCUUCUGAAAUAGUUGAUCUUCUUCCUUGGGAUAAUUUAGCUAUUGCACGGAAGAAUAAGAAAUCAAUUGAAUCGCAGAAUCAGAAAGUUGUGAUUGAUUUUAAUUGUUUCUAUAUGGCUUUGUUGGCUCAUUUUGCUUUUGGAUAUUCAAGCAAGCAAACAGACUUGAUUAACAAAGCAAAAACAAUUUGUGAAUGUUUAAUAGCAUCAGAAGGUAUUGAUUUAAAAUUUGAAGAGGCCUUCUGCUUGUUCCUUCUUGGACAGGGUGCUGAGGCAGAUGCUGUUGAAAAGCUUCGGCAGCUAGAAUUAAAUUCUAAUCCUGCUUUACAAAAUUCCAUCUCAGGGAAGGAAUUCAGAGAUGUUUCUGGCACAGACCAAUCACUGGAAAUAUGGUUGAAGGAUGUUGUGCUGGAUUUAUUCCCAGAUACACGAGAUUGUUCUCCGUCUUUGGUCAACUUCUUUGCUGGUGAAAAGAAAGCUUUUGGGAACAGGCAAAAUAAAGGAGCUUCACAGACCAUAUCUAAUAUAAGCCGCCGACCACUUUCCCCUUCUGUUGCAUCAGAUCGAAGAGCUAUUGAGGAACCUAUCUCAUAUUUAAACUCUUCUCAACAUCUUGGGCCUGCUGUAAAGCAGUUAGCUCCCUGUAAUUUGCAAAAUCCGUUGACUGCAGGCAAGACUAACAACGGAGCCAAUGUUAGCACACCAUCUGUUCAAUUGAAAAGAAAUUUGGGUGGACACCAUAAUAGAGUUUGGGAUAACUUCUUGGGCUCAUAUAAUGUGGUUGGAAAGAUUGCUUUUGUUACAGUAUUGGGGUGUGUUCUGUUUGCUGUACGUUUGUGGAGGAUGGGAAGUGCAUCCAGAUGGACAUCGAAGAAACUAAGAAUGAACACAAGUUCUGUUUCUUGGACUAUGGAUUCUUCCCUAGAUCAAAGUGUGGGGCCUAGUUAUAUUAAAGGAAUUAGUAUUGCCGGAAUACUCCAGAAGCUUCUCUCAGGGUUUAAGCCGCAGCUCAGGAACUGCCCAGAUGCUGCAAAUUUGCAAAAUCCAUGCCUUGCUGCUAGUCUGUCAUCCUCUAUGACUGCAGUAUACAAGAGGCCAAUGGCUAUGGAAGAAGCUGAAACCCUUGUUAAGCAAUGGCAAGCUACUAAAGCUGAAGCUCUUGGGCCUAACCAUAAAGUUCAUAACCUAUUUGAAGUCCUUGACGAGUCUAUGCUUCUGCAGUGGGAAGCUUUGGCUGAUGCAGCUAAAGACAGGUCUUGUUUUUGGAGAUUUGUUUUGCUGCAAUUGUGUGUCCUGCGAGCUGAGAUUUUAUCAGAUGGGAUUGGUCUCGAAAUGGCAGAAAUAGAGGCUCUCCUGGAGGAAGCAGCUGAACUUGUUGAUGACUCUUUGCCAAAGAACCCAAAUUAUUACAGCACCUAUAAAAUAAUUUAUGUUCUAAAACGGCAAGAUGAUGGUUCGUGGAGGUUCUGCAAAUGUGAUAUUCUACCUUCGUCAUGAUUUUUCAACCUAGAUGGAAAACAAUUGCGAUCGUGACGUCGGAUGUCUUUAGAAUGAUUGGUCCGAACAGAUGGUCAAGCCCCUCAUUACUCAACGCUUAUCGUUUUUCUUUCUACCAAGCUGCUGCAUUCCAUCUUCAAUAUUUGCUUGUAAUGAUAUCCGGCCGACAAAGUUGGGAUUAGAACUCAAUUAAAGCUAGUAGCUACUGAUUCUUUUUUUUUUUUUCCGAGUCAUGUACACAGGAAAUAGAACAAAGUUGAGAUUUUAAAUCUAGUAGCUGCCGAUUCUUUCUUUUCUGUUUUUUUUUAUUUUUUAUCAGAGUCAUGUACACGGGAAAUUCUUUGUAAGAAAUCUUGCGAAAGAGCAAAGAACCUGACAUCUACUAUUUACUAAAAGGGCAUGUUUAGUAGGCAUU